AGCCGCUGGGGGUGCGCACUGGAGGCGCACUGGCGCGCCGUCCUGCUGGGCAUGCAGCUGGCCGGCAUGCUCGGCUGCAGAGGCUGGCCGCCGCGCGCAUCGCGGCCCUGGACGCGCUACGCGCGCGUCUUCACGGCCGCGUCCAGCGUCGCCAGGUCCAUGAUGGUGUACAUAACGAUCUAUAGUUUUUGGAACGGAAUCCGGAAUGGAAUCAGCAACUCUCCUAACUUCUCGGGUUCGAUAAGCGGGUUCGUCUACGCUCUCUACUUGCUUGACUUUCUCAUAAUGAACGUCGGAUUGACAGUGACGCAGGUAAGGGGCUAGCAGCAGCACUUGCACGGGCAACACAUAAGCUACCUCAAAUUCAGGGGAGUGAACUGCCGAUUUGACAGAUUUUUGGCAGGAUUGUAUACACCUCACCUUAAAGUUCCCACUCUCUACCGCAGGUGGUCAUGGUGUACCACUCCCAGGAGCUGUGCCUGGUAGUAAGAGCCAUGCUUCAGCACUUGCAUGCCUUCCCGAGCCAAAGGCACAAGUAUGAGACCAGGAACGCUAUCAUACUCUGCUUCGGAGCGUCACCCAUCGCGUACACCGUUUGCAUGUCGACAAUCAUCGCGAACACCAAGCAGGGGGUGUUCUGGCUGAACGUCGCGUACGGCCUGAACGACCUGCUGCCAUGGGUGCUCAUCAGUGUCACCCAGGACUCGUUCAGCCACGUGGUGUCCGCGAGCACCGACCUAUUGGCGGGCAUAGCCGACGAUGUCCAGCAGCUCAUCAAUAAGCACGCACGCGUCGAGUCGACCGGAUUCAGAGCCACCCUGAGCGCGCCGGCCUCGACGAAGUGCCCGGCGUGCCGGGGGCGCUACCCCUCGCAAAGUUCCACCCUGGCCCGGGGAGUGCGUGCGCUCAGGGUGAGGUACCAGUGCGUGCACGACGGGGUCCUCGCCACCAACGGGGUAUACGGGCUGUUCAACAGGGCCUCCAUCACAGUGGCGACAGUCCAGGUUGUGGUCUGUCUGUAUGUCGGUGUGAUAGUGCCUCACGGCAAAGGAAAGUAACAUUGUCGGUAGUGUAUACAUUUCUAUGAAAAUGGUGCUGGGUAUUGAUUAAGCUAGGAUUAACAAAAACUCGUUGAAGCUUUCGCAUCGCUGCCAUUAGUGGGUACAAUCAAAAACGUCUUGACGUUU